AUGGAGGUAUUCAACCAUUCCAGGGUAUCUGAAUUCGUGUUACUUGGACUUACUGAUUCCCCUGAUCUCCAGAUAUUCUUCUUUGUGGUGUUUUCCAUUUUCUAUUUAUUGACCAUGUUGGGCAACUCCCUGAUUUUGCUCACAGUCAUAUCUACCUCACACCUCCACUCCCCCAUGUAUUUCCUGCUCAGCAACCUGUCUCUCAUUGACAUGUGUUUGUCCUCUUUUGCCACACCAAAGAUGAUCAUGGACUUCUUUGCUCAGCGCAAAACCAUCUCCUUUGAGGGCUGUAUUUCUCAGAUUUUUUUCUUGCACCUCUUCACUGGGACUGAGAUUGUGCUGCUGAUCUCCAUGUCUUUUGACAGGUAUAUUGCCAUAUGUAAACCUCUCCAUUAUUCAACCGUUAUGAGCCAAAGAGUGUGCUUUGGGCUUGUGGUAACUUCUUGGACAGUGGGCUUCCUGCAUACAUUGAGCCAGUUAGCUUUUACCCUUUAUUUACCCUUCUGUGGUCCCAAUGUUAUAGAUAGUUUCUUCUGUGACCUUCCUUUGGUCAUCCAGCUGGCUUGUAUAGAUGUAUAUGUUCUUGGAAUUUUCAUGAUCUCAACCAGUGGUGUGAUUGCUCUUUUAAGUUUUCUGCUUUUGCUUAGCUCCUACAUCACUGUUCUUGUCACCAUCAAGGACCACUCAUCCACAGGGUCAUCUAAAGCCCUUUCGACCUGCACUGCACAUUUCAUAGUUGUGCUGAUGUUCUUUGGGCCCUGCAUCUUUAUUUACAUGUGGCCUUUCACAAACUUCUUGGUGGAUAAAAUUCUCUCUGUCUUUUAUACCAUCUUUACCCCACUUCUGAAUCCACUUAUCUAUACUUUGAGAAACCAGGAAGUAAAAACAGCUGUAAAGAAAAAACUAUAUACUCAAUAUUUCAAUCUUGGGAAAACCACACCACAAUACCCAAUGCAAUGA